UCGAUUCGAUCCUCAUACCGUCAGAAGGCCUAGAGUGCGCGGGCGCGUCGUAAACAUUCGAAUUUUGAAAUUAAAAAAAAGUAACUAAUCGAUUUUUAAAGUUUAAAAACAAGUGAUUAUGUUAAACUAAAGUGCAAUGAGUGAGUUUAUUUCCGAAAAUAAGUCGUGGAUUGUAUUUUUAUUAUUUAAAUAACUACGAACGAAUGACGGAAAAUGACGAGAAAAUUUCUCUUCUGUUUCCCACUGAGGCUGGGAAACAUUGUUUUCGGAUACAUUGUUAUUAUAAUCAGUUUAGCGGUCGCAGCGUUUCAUUUGUACCAGCUCGGUCUAAGUCUCGUCGCUAGAGACGAACACAAAGAGCAGAGAUUCGCUAAUUUCGAACAACUGGAGACCAUUUUUGGCACACAAAAACAGGAUCUAGUCGCCUUGAUAGUAAUGAUAUAUUACUUGACAUAUGUCAUUAUUGGACUGCUCAUGUUUAUCUUCUCGGCUACAUUCACUUGUGGCGCUUACAAGGUCAACGACUGCGCCAUAACGACGUUCUUCAUGUACAGCUUCGUGCACAUCUUCCUCAGCAUCGGGCUGAUAGUGUGGGAAGCGCUCACCGCCGGCUGGCUCCAACUGGCGCUCAUUGUUGCAUCAGAUGUUUUGCUGAUAGUCUGCCUGUUCAGCGUUAAGUACCUGAUGGAGGCGAUAAGAACCGGCAACAUCUACCACCGGCCCGGGGAGGUGCUGUACAAGUACUGACAGAACAUCGACAUCUGCGUGCACACUGUCAUGUUAUGAACUCUUCACGGACAAGCACCUGAUGGAGGCGAUAAGAACCGGCAACAUCUACCACCGGCCCGGGGAGGUGCUGUACAAGUACUGACAGAACAUCGACAUCUGCGUGCACACUGUCAUGUUAUGAACUCUUCACGGACAAGCACCUGAUGGAAGCGAUAAGAACCAGCAACAUCUACCACCGGCCCGGGGAGGUGCUGUACAAGUACUGACAGAACAUCGACAUCUGCGUGCACACUGUCAUGUUAUGAACUCUUCACGGGCAAGCACCUGAUGGAGGCGAUAAGAACCGGCAACAUCUACCACCGGCCAUAAAAUAAAUAAAUAAAUAAAUAUACUUAAACAAUACUAUCUAUUGACUAUCUAGCCCCAAAUUUUGCUGAUAGUCUGCCUGUUCAGCGUUAAGUACCUGAUGGAGGCGAUAAGAACCGGCAACAUCUACCACCGGCCCGGGGAGGUGCUGUACAAGUACUGACAGAACAUCGACAUCUGCGUGCACACUGUCAUGUUAUGAACUCUUCACGGACAAGCACCUGAUGGAGGCGAUAAGUACCGGCAACAUCUACCACCGGCCCGGGGAGGUGCUGUACAAGUACUGACAGAACAUCGACAUCUGCGUGCACACUGUCAUGUUAUGAACUCUUCACGGACAAGCACCUGAUGGAGGCGAUAAGUACCGGCAACAUCUACCACCGGCCCGGGGAGGUGCUGUACAAGUACUGACAGAACAUCGACAUCUGCGUGCACACUGUCAUGUUAUGAACUCUUCACUACUCGCGGAUCUCAAAUUCACCUCUAACUUGAUUGAGUGAGUUCGAGACAUUCAGACGUUCUGUAAAAAAAUUACAAAAGGACAAUGGUGCUAAUUCAGAUUUUAAUUUAAUUUUUGACCUAUGAACUCUCUUCUAUGAGAUACUGACCAAGUUGAUUUUUUGUUCGGAAGACGUUUUUGUUUGGUCCUUAGAUAUAGAAGUCAUAGUGCCACAAACUUAUCUGGCCCGGUAAAGGUGUUGCUGUUAUCGCGCUUUUUAUAAUACUUCUAAAAUCCAAGAGUGUCGGGUGGAGGUACCGGUCUCAAGGUUUGUCAUCUUUACCCGAGACCCGGGUUACUUGCUCCCCCUGUGAUUUAAUCCAGGCCCUUUUGGGGCUAUAGCAUCUUGACCUAUUCUUUUCUUUUGUCACGGGUGGGAAUUCUCUUUUCGAGAUAUCCGAUUACCUGGGCGAGAAGACGGGUUAUGGGACGGGGACGGGACUUACCACUAAAACCCCCUCGGUGGCCACCCUCAGUGCAUUUUGGCAGGCUCCGGGACCUCACUAAAACUCGCCGGUGAUUCCGUUGCACUAUACCUCUGGGGCUUUUCUAAGACUGAGAACUUUGUUCUGCUACUACUAGGUAUAGCUUAUCUUGACCUAUGAUUUGAGUUAGCUUGUCCACUGUCCAUGUGCGGACUGCGCGAUUCCUCUGCGAAUUCAUAUCUGUUGUAAAAUGGCGACUUCUGUGACGUUAGUUUUGUUUUGGCCACAGGUCAGAAAAGUUUGUUGCACUGUAAGCUAAUGUGACAGCACGUAUGUCUGUGUGAACUAAGGAACGUAAGCAGCAGGAACUUGUUAUAAAAUUGUUUAGAGGUUGAAGUCGUAACCCGUUUAACAAAAAGCCUUUGCUUACUUACUUAUAGGCAAAUAUAAUUUAUAAACAUGUUUCUUCUAUCCUGAUGCUACUUUAGUGUCACAAAAACCCCCCCUUUACACUUUACCACUACAACCCAAGGAAAACCGUCUUCGAAAAUAGAAAAACCUUACUAAUCUAAUCCUAAUGGUUGAAAUACAAGUAUAUCAUCAACUUAUUCGUUCUAUAAAUUGAAAAUUUUGUGUAUAUACGCUUGAUUAAUUUAAUGUAAAUAUUAGUUUAUAUUUUAUUUGUAUAGGAAUAUUUAAUAGGAUUAAUAACCUAACCUUGCUUUGUUGAAUUUCAUUCUAAAUGUUCAUUUCGAAGAACAUUGAAUUGGGAUUUUUCUCGUCACAUUUGGGUUGUUGUCAUCCCCUACUGUCCAAGUUGAUGAAAAAUCUGACUGGACAGUUAAUAUUCUCGUAGAAAUCUACGAGAAAUAAUUUAAUCAAGGAAUUUGGAUAUGUCCAAAUUCCUUGAUUAAAUUAUUUCUCGUAGAUUUUUUUUCAUCAUAUCAGCAGAUGGACGUCCACUGCAAGACUUUUGUAGGGACUUCCAAAUAUCACGAUACUGAGCCACCUGCAUCCAACGAAUCCCUGCGACUUGAUGCUCGCUUGAUGUCGUCAGUCCACCUGCUAGUUUAUUCUGUAACGAUAUUUUUAUAACUCAAGUGCGAGUUUCGAAUUCACCUGUAUCUCUCUCUGUUUAACACGAUACUAUAAAAUGAGAAAGAUAGCGGUGAAUUCGAAACUUGAAAAGUUAGAGAAUAGCCGACCCCCACCAGGGGUCGACCAACAUCGCGCUAUCUAGUGCGGGGUCGCCAUUCCAGCACCUUGGGACCCCAACGUCCAUCGGCUCUUCGAAAUAUGUGCCCCGCUCAUUGCCUAUUCAUCUUGAUUAUUUCUUUAAAGCCAAAAUUAUUUUUACUAAAUUGAAGAAAUAUACUCAGAGGCACAAUUAUCCGCCCACUUUAAUAUACUCGCAUCAUAUUAAAGAGGGCGGAUAAUUGUGCCUCUGGGUAUAUAUUUAGGUAGAAUUUGAAAAUGCGAUGAAGUUCUCUAAUAUACUUGUAUAACUAAGUUUUUAAGUUUUCUGGUUUUUUAAGCUGAUUGUUGAACUAUCUCGAAUGCAAAAAUCUCCUAAUUACUGUCUAGUUAAGUUUCUAUUUAUAUUUAUUAUUACCGUAUGUUUACAAUAAUUAAUUAAUUAAAUAAACCAUUUUGUAAGCUGA